AUGCCAACGUUGAAUCUCUUCACCAACAUCCCAAUAGACCCAGUGAUAGCCUCCGACAUUCUCAAGGAUGCCACUAAAGCUGUCGCAAAGAUCAUCGGAAAGCCUGAGUCAUAUGUUAUGAUUUUGUUGAAUGGUGGUGUGCCAAUAGCAUUUGGUGGCACCGAAGAGCCAGCUGCAUAUGGUGAAGUGAUUUCAAUAGGGGGACUUAAUUCAACUGUCAAUGGAAAGUUGAGUUCAACGAUUGCAGAAAUACUUGAAACAAAACUUUCUAUAAAUAGUUCGCGUUUCUAUAUCAAAUUUUACGAUGUUGAGCGAUCGUUUUUUGGGUUUAAUGGAUCGACAUUUUAAGUGGAACGUGAAUACAAGGAUCAUAUUAGUGGUACUUGUCUUUGGACAAAAUUUAUCAUUAUUGUUAAUGUUGUAAGAUAGUGUUGUAAUUUAUUAUUAUUGUUCUUGUUUAUUUUACUCUUCCUAGUGAACUUUUUUGUUUAAUAAAGCCAUUGAGAAAAUAUGAGAAUUUAUAUUCUUGUCUUUGAAUUCAUAAACUUGUG